AAGAUUAAGGUCUAUUUUAUGCUUCGUUGCAGCUAGUAUUGAUCAUUGACCCAAACCUUUUGUAUACAUGCUAUUUCAGCUAGCACUUAACUGAAGAUUAGUAGAAAGAGUAACAAUGUAUGUGACCAGGCCUCUCUCCUACUAUCUAAAUAAUUCAAAGUCUCUUUCAUUGCCUCCUGAGGGUCCAAAUUCUGGUUAUUUAGUAAUACAAGAUGAAGAAUCUGAGAUGUAUAGUUGCUUCGGGUUGUGUAAGAACACAGACCUUAAUGAUCUGCCUUUCCCUCAGGACAAAAACUUGACUACUAGAUAUUCAUCAGGAGAGGACACAUAUCAUCACAAUCUUGCCUUUUUUCCUGUUCUUAAUCAACCAUUGUCCAAAAAGCGGUACUACGUGAUUGAUGCAUAUGGGAAGCAUAAAGGGAAGGCUUAUGCUUGUUCAACGGAAGAAGACAUGACUACUUGCUGUUUCUGCAGUCAUGUUAAAGAUGUAAAGCCAAGACCAUUUGAUCCUUGCGACAAAUAUCAGCAAUUCAAGAUUGUUAAUUAUGAAACUAAGGGUAGUUUUUAUGCGAAAUCUGUAGCUCAGGGUGCUUUUCCUCCAUCCUUUUUGAGAACUAGAGGAUGGAAUAUAAGUGCUAAAACUCCAAAACACUAUAAAUUAGGCGAGGCUUUAGGUGUCGACUCUACUCUUCGUGCACACCUUCCUGUCAUGAGCUUUCCACUGUCUCGUAAGAGUUCAGAAGCUGUUGUGGUGGGGAGAUGGUAUUGCCCUUUCAUGUUCAUUAAGGAUGGAAGGUUGACGUCAAGAGAUCAGAUGGAAAAGUCAAUGUUUUAUGAGAUGACACUAGAGCAAAGCUGGGAGCAGAUAUUUGAGUGCAGCAAUAUUGAUCAUGGCAUUGUUGUAAUGGUUAAUGCCGUUGUUCAAAGUGAAGUUGUAAUGAUUGGAGGCACAAAGGCUGUGUGGGAUGAAAAGAAAAUGGUGGAUAGAAGCUGUAAAACUAAGUGGUUUAAAGGCUCUGGGAGCAAAAGAGAAGUAAGCAUCGGAUUGAGUUCAGAGAUUAUAGAAAGAAUGAAAUGGGAGGAAGAAACGGUUGGAUGGGUUGGUGGAGGUGAAAGGUAAGUGAGGGUGCAUAAAGUGGAGGAGUUUCGAGGAGGUGCUGAAGGAUGGAGGAAGUUUGGAUGCUAUGUUUUGGUGGAGAGGUUUGUGUUAAAAAGAAUGAAUGGAAGUUUGGUUAUGACUUAUGAUUUCAAGCAUACGCAACAACUCAAGUGCCUGUGGGAGUGAUG